AUGCUCAUGAUGCAAGUUCCAGUGGCACAGCAACCGAUGGUAUUAUCGAAUGAUCAAUAUCAACAGAUGAUGUUGAGUCAACAACGCAGUGCCAAUAAUAGUCAGAUACCAUCUGCUCAACAACCCAGUACACCUCAACCACAAACCAUAUCCGCUGCUACAAAUAGUGGUUCGACAAGCACGACAGAAGAUAAGGAUCAAAUGACCCUCGAGAUAUAUCGUCGGAUUUUGAACUUCAAUUUUGUUGGAAAAUAUGACCCUAAAUUGAAACAGAUAAUCCACCAAACGCCUCAUGGGGUUUUAUACAAGUUCAGUGAAGCUACAGAUGAAUGGGAAAAGUUGGAUUUCGAAGGGCCUUUAAUCUUUUAUGAAAGAAACAUUGAUGAUGUGGAUGCCAACGGUAAUGUGAUUGACAAUAAUCAAAGAAUAUUGUCAUAUGAAGAACUUAAGUCUAAGGACAAUUAUAAAAACGGGUUAAUGAUUGUCAAUCGAAACAAUCCAAAGAACAUUUCUUUGGGCAUUAUUUCAAAGAGCACUACCACCAAAUAUCCUGAUUUCUAUCGUGGUGUUAAUUAUGAGAUUAAUACUACCAAUGAUUUGUUGAUGCUCAAGAAUUGUUUUGGAGAGGUUUACGGUAUAUGGAUUCAUGAUGAAAAGGAUAGAGAAGUAUUUUAUCAAUUGAUAUCAUAUUCUAUUGAGAGCUAA